CCGCCAGAAAUCACAUUGUGGAAUUUUUUGGAGAACGUGCUCUAUAGCUUACUUUUACAAUCGUAUUUAAUACAUACAUCUAGAAAGUCGAUUUUAUGACGUCUUCAGUGCUCUGGCAAGACUGACCAAUCAAAGUCACCAUUUUAUCGUCGACAGCAGCGAAAUCAACAAACACAGAUCUGACUAGACGUACGCAUCGAUCAUACACGACGUCAGAAGUGUGUGGCGAAGUUGAAGGUAUGUCUGGGACUUUGAGAGAUAUUUGUGGUGGCUUACCUGUAAGUCCACUCCCAGCGUAUCGAAGCAGGGACCCAUUAAUAGCCCAUGCACCCACAAGGACACACGAGCUGAAUACAAAUGAACAGAAGAAAGCACUUACAAAUGCUCUCCGCUACUUUCCAACCAGUCUACAUGAAUUUUUGGCACCUGAAUUUGCUCAAGAGCUUGUGAAAUAUGGACACAUCUAUAUGUACCGCUUUAAACCAGAAAUUGAAAUGAGAGCUUAUCCAAUUGAUGACUACCCAUGCAAGACAAAGCAAGCUGCAGCCAUCAUGUUGAUGAUUAUGAACAAUCUUGAUCACAGAGUUGCACAGUUUCCUGAAGAAUUGGUUACUUAUGGUGGAAAUGGACAGGUGUUUUCAAAUUGGGCUCAGUUCUGGAUCAUCAUGAACUACUUGUCUGAGAUGACAGAGGAGCAGACAUUGGUGAUGAACUCUGGACAUCCCCAAGGCCUCUUUCCCAGCCAUUCUGAAGCACCAAGAUUGGUAAUCACAAAUGGAAUGAUGAUUCCAAAUUAUUCUACUAGAGAAAUGUACAACAGAUUAUUUGCGCUUGGAGUGACGAUGUAUGGGCAGAUGACUGCAGGUAGCUACUGCUACAUAGGCCCUCAAGGGAUAGUGCAUGGUACCACAAUAACAGUUUUGAAUGCUGGCCGACGUUGUUUCCAAUCAAGUGACCUGAGCGGGCGUGUUUUUUUAACCUCUGGUCUUGGUGGCAUGAGUGGGGCCCAGGCCAAAGCAGCUGUUAUUAGCGGAUGCGUCGGAGUAAUUGCAGAGUUCAGUAAGGAAGCUGUCAUGAAAAGACACAAGCAAGGAUGGGUGAUGGAGGUUGUUGAUGACCUUGAACAACUAAUAGCUAGAAUCAGGCAAGCAAGGAAAGAAAAGAUUCCACUCAGCAUCGGUUACCAUGGUAACAUUGUUGACGUCUGGGAACGAUGUGUCGAAGAAUAUGAAAAAACUGGCGAGCUGCUGGUAGACCUCGGUUCAGAUCAAACAUCUUGUCACAAUCCAUUCAACGGAGGCUACUAUCCUGUCCAACUGACCUUUGACGAAGCCAAUGAGGUCAUGGCCAAUGACCCAAAAAGAUUUAAGUCUCUUGUCCAGGAAAGCUUGAAGAGGCACGUUGCUGCCAUUAAUAAGCUUGCAGCCGUGGGCAUGUAUUUCUGGGACUACGGGAAUGCAUUCCUCUUGGAAGCAAGAAGAGCAGGAGCUGAUGUUUCUAAAGAGGGAGACCCAACAGGAACAGUCUUUCGAUAUGCAUCCUAUGUUCAGGACAUUAUGGGUGAUAUUUUCUCUCUUGGAUUUGGUCCUUUUCGCUGGGUAUGUACAUCUGGUGACCCCGCUGACCUGGAAACAACUGAUCAAAUUGCUACGGAUGUUAUAAAGGAACUUAUGAAUAAAGGAGAGACUCAGACCUCUGCUGAUUCCGUGCCUGAGAAGACAAAACAACAAUAUGAGGAUAACAUUCGCUGGAUUACUGAAGCUGGGAAACAUAAACUGGUCGUUGGUUCUCAAGCACGCAUUCUCUACUCAGACCAGGAAGGCCGUGUGGCUAUCGCUACAGCUUUCAAUCAUGCGGUGAAAAUUGGUCGGCUAAAAGCACCGGUAGUGCUGAGCCGUGACCACCAUGAUGUCAGCGGUACUGACAGUCCUUUCAGGGAGACCUCUAACAUUUAUGAUGGAUCAGCAUAUUGUGCAGACAUGGCUGUUCAGAACUGCAUCGGUGAUUCAUUCAGAGGGGCAACAUGGGUGGCUCUACACAACGGAGGAGGGGUAGGCUGGGGAGAAGUGAUGAAUGGUGGAUUUGGUCUCUUAUUAGAUGGUAGUGAUCGUGCUUCCCAAAGAGCACAAAUGAUGCUUGCAUGGGAUGUUUCUAAUGGGGUUGCUAGAAGAAGCUGGAGCGGGAAUGACAAUGCUAUAACAACAAUUCGAAGGGCCAUGUUGAAAAAUGAUAAACUGAAAGUGACAUUACCAAAUUACGUAAAAAAUGGUGACCUGCUAGAUAGGGCUUUCCAAGUGUAAAGCUCUUAAGCCAGUCACUCGUUGCACCCGACGGCCGUCGGCCGAUGCGAUUCUAUGAAGAACGCAACGCGACGAUGCGUGCACAACGGGUCGUAUUUAAUGGCGAUCUGUUCAGACUGGCACCGACAAUCGGGAGACGGUGUUUCGUGGUCUAGCGCAUACGGAAGCGGAGUUAGAUUCGACAUUCGACGGUCGUACAAUACAGUGUGUGCCCGGCUUUUGACUAUUAAAAAGGAAUACAAACAGCUCAAGUGUAAACCCAUAGUUUAUCAGGUUUUAUUAAAAGGAGUUUCCCAACGUA